UGUCGAUCAAUGCCGGAUUCGGCCAGUGCCGUGAGACAUGGACGCGAGCUGCGACAGAAGCGCAGCGGACCGUUGCUGCUUCGUCAAUGAGGUAGUCAGCUGUGCCCAUCCUGUGUGCAUUGCGCGACAAUUAUCGUCACAGGCCGCCGUGACUGUCCGUGCUCAUUCGUCCGCGGUUCGAGCACUUUUUACGAGCCCCACUACCCGUCCGCAUAAACACCACCGCUUGCUGUCGCAUUGCCGCUUUUAGUCGCUGGUUAUUCAUGCCAUCGUACUCGCGCCGGACUCGUGACGACCUAUACAUUCGUUGCACUCGUCUUUUUGUCCGGUCGAAGGGGACUCCGUUAAAAAUCUAAAUUAGGCUAAAGCAUAAAACGCAUGCGAGAUGCACCGGUCGCACCAAUUGCGCCGAGCGCGACCGAGAUCGGCGCAUUUCCACGUCGACGUGAACAACCGGCCGCGUGAACUGAUCCUACCCGAAUCUGGUCGGUUUGCCGACUCUUGGAUAACGUCAAUAGAAAAGUUUAAUCUUGUGGAUAAAUAGUCCCGUAUUAAGAAUGGCGCUUUGUUAACGCUAACGCUUGUUAACGUCAACGUUAACGAGGAAAGCAAAGCUCCGCUUGGAUGUAGUCGAGAAGAUACUCAGGCAGAAGAAGCGAUCUGGUAAAAGCGGGCCAAGGUGUCAAAGACGUCAAUCGUCGCAACAUAUUAGCGUCGCUGAUUGCCGUCCCCGUCCCUGUCUCGCGGCGAAAUCUCGUCACGAGACUCAUCCGUUAAUGAUUGUCGCGGCGAACGCGUGAUCCGUGAUAGUCGCAGUACGUUCAGCGACCGCGCACGACUACAGCCUUUCUCGAUUACAAUCAAUACCGCGAGUGAAUCCACCAUCGACAGGUGCACCGCAGUUUGACAGACCCAAUACGAGGAGGCGAAUCCGUUUACCGAGAUUUGUCAUCUUCUCGGGUAGGUGAGAGGACCUAGUGAUCGCUUGAUUCGCGUGCGCGGUCUGCAUUUUAUAUUAAAGAACAUUAAAGUAGAAAAUAUACAGCGUACAAAGAGGAGAAGACUGAACUUCUGGAUUCGUACUAUCGGCUAACGUCCCGCCAGAGAAUUUUUAUCGAUAAUCGGUCGUGAAAAAUGGACGUCGAGAUGAGCGGUAGAACGAAUAAACCCAGCGAGGAACUCGCGAAGAGACGAGUGUCGAUCAGCGACCAAGUCGUCGGGCUUGAUAAUCUUGCCUUUGAGCAUCACCGGCGCAUCAGCGCGGAUUCGGAACACAAUUCAGAUCAGGGCAGGCGGAAGUCGAUCCUGCAUCACGGUAGCCAUUGCGACAGCGUGGAGAAUAUUCCGCAGUAUAAAUUUGAUCUGGAGAACGGCAGGAUCAAUGGUAACAGAAAGAAAUCGGCGUAUAGCCUCUCCAGCUCAAUCAGAGACAAAAUCGAGUAUUCCGAGGAACUCAAGAGAUCGUGGCUGUAUCUAUUUUGCGCGCGAUGUCACGGUCUCGACGACACGCCAUCGUGGGAACCACCGGGAUGGAGGAAAGCAUGCCCACAGCCGUUCUGUCCAACGUACAGAAAAUUCGCUCGAAUUGUAUGCCUCUUUCUUUUGGGUCUGUUGCUCUGGGGUGUCAUCUACUCGAUAAUCGGCAAUGACGCUGCCCCAGGUGGUCAGCUAUUCGGAUUGGCCACUGUGUGCAUCGCCGCGUAUUUCGGAGGUUGGUUGUUCUCUUUGACCACCCUACCGGCCUUGAUUGGUAUGCUGAUUACUGGUUUAAUAUUGCAAAAUGUCGGGCUCGUCAAGAUCGAAGGACAAUAUACAUCGGUGGUCUCUGUUCUACGGAAAAUCUCCCUGGUUAUCAUACUUGUCAAAGCAGGCUUGGAUCUCGAUCCGGUCGCUCUGAAAAGGUUAAAAGUAACCGUACCGAAGCUGGGUUUGAUACCGUGGGUGGUGGAAACUGUAGUGGUUGCCGUGUUGACGAAAUACCUCUUGGAUUUACCAUGGGUAUGGGGUUUCCUCCUUGGAAGCGUCAUAGCAGCCGUUUCACCAGCCGUCGUGGUGUCUUGCCUCUUCAGGCUACGUGCAAAGGGCUACGGAGUUGCCAAGGGUAUUCCGACUCUGAUCAUCGCGAUAUCAGGAAUCGAUGAUGCGAUAUCCGUCGCUGUUUUCAGUAUCGUGAAGAGCGUCAUGUUUUCUCAUGAUGCGUUGUGGUACCAAAUCCUUCAGGGGCCCAUCUCGAUUAUCGGCGGUCUGGGAUUCGGCAUCAUGUGGGGCUGGCUGGCCAAAUACGUGCCGGAAAAGGGCGACCCCUUCAUAGUGCCUCUAAGAGUGCUGAUGUUACUUGGGGGUGGUCUGCUAGCGGUUUUCGGCAGUGAAGCAAUCGAGCUCGGUGGUGCCGGGCCGCUUGCGGUCGUGGCUGCAGCUUUCGUCAGCUGCUACUUUUGGCAACAAGAUGGUUGGGACAUGGACGAUAAUCCGGUGGCUACAUCUUUCGAGAUCUUCUGGAUAAUAUUCGAACCGAUCUUGUUUGGCCUUACCGGCACACAAAUCAAGAUUAGUGAGCUCGAAGGGAAAACCGUCUACCUUGCACUAAGCUGUUUACUUGCUGGUAUUAUUAUCCGUAUCGGAAUAACGGUGUUGCUAGGGAUAGGUUCCAAACUGAAUCUCAAAGAGAAAGUGUUCAUUGCUUUGGCUUUGAUGUCUAAGGCAACCGUGCAGGCAGCUCUGGCACCCGUUACCCUCGACGAGGUCGACAAGAACGAUCACGAGCAAGUCGAAUACGCCCAGAUCGUACUGAUGAUGUGCGUACUCUCGGUACUUUUGACUGCUCCGGCGGGAGCCAUUAUGAUAACAAUCUCGGGACCAAAGCUGCUGACGAAGACCACUGUGCCGGUCAGCCCGCCGGAAGCUUGGAAAACGCGCAGACCAUCGAUUCGCGACAUUUCAAUCAUCAAUGAGGAUCCGGAUUUGGAGGAGACCGCGAACGAGAGGAAGCCCUGACAACCGUAUUUAAUUUGCAUUCAAAGCCAAGCUAAUAGGAGCUUCAUCCUUAUUCUCCGGCGCUCCGAAAGUGCCUGAACAUGCCUUUAUUUUAAUUACCCGAGGCACGACUUAACGGUCAAAGACUUAUGUCUAUAUAACCCACUGAUGAGAUAUUAAUCGUGGUUUAAUGUCAGCUGAUUUAUAUCUAGAUGCUCAUGGCCGAAGAUGAAGUACUCAUAAUGACAUCACAGCGAUAUCAUAUCUCAAAACUUUUAUUGAGUUACACGCGAAGAGAAGAUUUUAUUCAAUCUGACGUUAGAUCAGUAUCGUUAUAUUUCAAGUGAUAAAGCGAUCGAACUUAAGCGAUAUCCUAGUCCGUGCAAAAAUUCUUCGUAUAAAAUAAAAGGACGAUCAAUGAUUGAUUGCAUUUUGCAUAUUUAUAAUGC